CAGUUCACUUGCCUCGGCCAAUCAGAUUCGUCUUUGUUCAAUCAUUGUCCAAUAGCCUGCGAGCUUGUUGGAAUGUGCCAGAAAGCAACAAGAAGUUUCCAAAAUGGGGCUUGAAAGUACUAUGGUCUGUGUGGACAACAGUGAAUACAUGAGGAAUGGAGACUUUCUACCGACGAGGCUACAGGCUCAACAAGAUGCUGUCAACAUUGUUUGUCACUCCAAAACACGAAGCAACCCAGAGAACAACGUGGGCCUCAUCACUAUGGCAAAUAACUGUGAGGUCCUGACCACACUGACACCAGAUUCUGGUCGCAUCCUGUCCAAACUCCAUGCUGUCCAGCCUAAAGGAAAGAUUUGCUUCUGCACAGGCAUCAGAGUGGCUCAUCUGGCCCUGAAACACAGACAAGGAAAGAACCAUAAGAUGAGGAUCAUUGCUUUUGUUGGGAGUCCCGUGGAAGACAAUGAAAAAGAUCUCGUCAAGUUGGCAAAACGCUUGAAAAAGGAGAAAGUGAAUGUGGAUAUUAUCAACUUUGGAGAGGAGGAGGUGAACACAGAGAAACUGGCUGCAUUUAUAAAUACUCUAAAUGGGAAAGAGGGGACCGGCUCCCACCUGGUCACAGUCCCUCCUGGGCCAAGUCUGGCUGAUGCGCUGCUGUCCUCUCCCAUCCUGGCUGGUGAGGGAGGCUCCAUGAUGGGUCUUGGUGCGAGCGACUUUGAGUUUGGUGUUGAUCCCAGUGCUGAUCCAGAGCUGGCGUUGGCCCUUCGUGUGUCAAUGGAGGAGCAGCGACAGAGGCAGGAGGAGGAGGCCCGUAGAGCUGCUGCUGCUUCUGCAGCUGACGCAGGCAUGCCUACGCCCAGCGCUGAUGAAUCAGACGAUGCCUUGUUGAAGAUGUCAGUAUCUCAGCCUGAGAGUGGUGCAGCAGUGCUCCCUGACUUCAGCAGUAUGACAGAGGAGGAGCAGAUAGCCUACGCCAUGCAGAUGUCUCUUGCUGGAGGAGAGUAUGGAGAAAUGGACCCAGCCCCCAUGGAUACUGCGGAUUCAGCCAAGGAGGAAGAUGACUACGAUGUGAUGCAAGACCCAGAGUUCCUUCAGAGUGUGCUCGAGAACCUGCCUGGUGUCGACCCAAACAACGAGGCCAUCCGCAACGCCAUGGGCUCCCUGGCUUCCCAGACAGGAAACAAGCCAGACGGCAAAAAGGAUGAAGAGAAGAAGAAAUGAGGAGGCCACAAGGCGUCGGUUAUCCACUGAACAAUCGCAGAUUUAUGCAGGAUUAAUAAAGAAAAUUGCCCAAACACCUGACAGCACCGUGACAUUUAAUUCUACUGUUUUCUGUCAAACACUCAAAAGCACCAACAUAGUGACUAUUUAGUGAAAAAUCUGACUUAAAGUAACAUUUAUUGAUAUUAUCUUAAGAAAGUAUAACCCUGAUUUUCUCUACAUGGAAUAGUUGCUGAGAAAUGAACACUGCUUGAUGACAGGCUCCUAAACUAAACAGUUAGCCACACUCCUGUCAUGUCUUUGUGUGUUUUUGCAAUAAAAGCUAUGUGUACAUA